CAUCGUAUCCAUCAAGUGUAAUGUCCCGCUUAAGUGCGAUCGGUUCCUCGCUCUUCGCGUCGCUGUUUGUCUGGACUGGCGCUCCGCCCGGGCCAAGCCACCAAAGCCAAUUCUUCCUUUCCCUCCUCUUUGUCACUACAUGCAGCGGUGCCAGGCGUGGGGGUGCUAAGAAGCGGGAAAGCAAGAUGACGAUUUCGGCCAAUGUGCGCAAGGAGCUGUUCGAGAUGACGAACAGCGAGGGCAAGCUCAUCCGCAUCAAGCCCACGGAGGCCAAGGCGGGCACGACGGUCUACUCGUCCAAACAGAGCCAGCCCCUUAAGAUGUGGACCCAAGAGGAGCACGAAAAGUUCCUGGAGGCCAUGGAGAAAUACCCAGCGGGGCCCUGGAAGGUCAUCGCCGCCUUUAUCGGCACCAAGACGACUCGUCAGACCAUGACCCACGCGCAGAAGUACCGCCAGAAGAUCAGUCGCUGGCGUCGCGGACUGCGCCACAAGGGCCGCAAGCAGGCUGGAGACGACGGUUCCCAGCACAGCGAGGCCGACGCGCAAGAAUACUCGGCCAAGCAGAAUCUCUUCAAGGCCAUCGAGUAUGUCUCAGGCGACGAGAUGACCGGUCAAUACGGCCGGGUCGGUGCACCUGCGAACUCAACCGUGAGCCCUACGCGCUCGCUUACGGGCGUGCCUGGCCACGAGGCGCCGCGGAGUGAGCUCUUCCGUCUGGCGGAGCUCGCGUCCAUCGAGGUGAUGAAGCAGGAGCCUGUGGCCGUCCCCACUGUGCCGUCCAUGCCGUCGUCUCCCCCCGACGUGGAGAUGGCCGACAUGUCGAGCCCCGUGAUGGUCAAGCAGUGUCCCGAGGAAGUCGUGGCUCGUGCGUCUGUGGAGUUUAGCGAGAAGAUCCGCAAGAUGGAGUGGGGCAACAACCAGGAUGGCUUCAUCCGACCCAGCCCCGAGUGGAGCAUGCAGAAGACCGAGGUGCGACUGUCUCCGUUGCGGGCCUCCCCCGACGGCAGUCCCUUCCCGGCUCGCAAGUUCGGCGGCGUUCUCAGCGCCAUCACUGAGAUGUCGUAUCAGAACGCACAGAACCGCCUGCCUCUGCCCCUCUCGUCGACGCCGAUGCUGUCCCCCAUGCGUGUCCCAGGCGCCGAGGAGCGCAAAAUGCAGCAACAACAAAGCGGUGCCGGCGCGUUCCGUCUUCCCCCGCUGAACGUCGUGAGCACCCAGACCCCCAGCGUGUACUCUAUCCCACCGCUGCGCUCCAAGAUCGACCCGAGCGUAUUGAGUGGCCGAGCCUACUACACGUCCACGAACUAGAACUGAGUGAAGGAUGGGCGAGAUGAAGCAGACGGAGAGUGGCCGAGUCGGGUGUGUCGUGUGGUGUUUGCUGGUGCUGAAGCAAGAGAAGGCGACACUUUGACAAGGUGCAUUGUUCCGUGGAGGAUGGACAAAACUACGAGAAAAAAAUGAAACAAGAAGAAGACGGAGACUGCAGCGGUCUGAACCGACAAGUGGAGGGCAACGAGUGAUCGCAGCUCAAAGCCCGUCUGCUCUGGUGCCAAGGCUUCUGCUUCAAGGGGAUUUAUGAUGGAGUUGAAGCGUAUGAUGGGGUGCUGACAGAGCGGGUGGAUGCUGAGCUUCGAGUCACGUCGAGUGGUGUGAACUGCGAGUGAGCAGAAGGGGAAAUCGUCCGCAGGCAAGUGGAACUUGUGGGCGAUUUGGAGUCGUCGAUGGACAAGUGUGCGAACUUUUGAUUGUGACUUUUUUUUUAGAAUUUUUGGACAAAAUAGGAAGGAACUAUUUAGCAAACCGGCGCGAGGAGACUGGCCUGGCGCUGGUUUCCGCCUUGGCGGAGCCAAGACAUCAUCAUCAACCACAGUAUGGAAAACAAAAUAAAAACAGCAUUGUAACAAGCACGGCGACAGUUCUCCAGUCAGCGAGUCGAACGUUUUGGUGGUCGUACAUGUGGUUGCAUUAACGAUUCACGGUUAUUCGUCUACUGGUUGUAGUUACGGCUGGACAGUCUCCCAAGCUGCAAGUGAAACUUGUCAUGUAGUAUAGCGCAGACAAGCAAGCACAAUACCUGCGGCAGACAUGAAGCUUCGAAUGCACCGUGGCGAUAAUAAAGUUAGCGAGGAGUGUCCGGUCUUCAUCGAUCAAUAUCGCUAGCUCAAGUGCAACCUGCAGCAAUCCAACGGAAUGUAACUACUAGGUGGCGAAGUGGUCUGAACGAAGCUCACUGUCCUCCUAAAUAGGUGUCGAAGUGGUCUGAACGAAGCUCGCUGUCCUCCUAAAUGGUGAGCUUUGUUCAGAAUGAAGUUUGCUGCGCUGCACAGCCUUUAUAAACAUUUUUAUAAUGUUCAAGUACAUGUAUAUCGCUACCUUAGUGAAGACUCUUUCUCAGUGCAA